CUUACUCAGAGUUGUUCUAGGUUCUAGUUACUGCCAUCUUAUCGUUGAUACAUACUAAAACUAAUUAGCCAGCUCUUCUAUCUUGAGUUUUGUUAAAACAAGUAACUAAGAAAAAGUUGUGUUAAUUUAAAGUGUCGAAAUAAAUAAUAAAAUGCCGCUCAAAAAAAUAAAACAAAACGUUGACAUAACGUAUGAACCUUGGGUACUUGAAAAUAUGACUGAAAUAUUCUCAAAAGUAGAUCUGGAGUAUCGUUCUGAGAAACGCGUUGAGGAGACUCAUAAAUUUUUUUCAAAGUUUAGAGGUCAUGAAAUUGAGUGGUACGUCACGUUAAAAUUUUGUAAAAAUGAAUUGGUUGGUGGAUUUAAAAUAUAUUUCGACGCUGUUAAUAAAUUUGAACCUAAGAACCAUGUCACCUGUAACGUUUACCUGAUCGACGCCGACAAAAAUACUUUUUUCAUCGGGCGAAAGAAUCGAAAAUUCGAUACUACGUAUAUGUAUUUUCCUUAUGUUACUUACAACACUUUUUCUUAUUGCAACAAAUUACCUAACACAAUCGAUAAAUUACUUCCAAACGAUGCAAUGACACUGCGCAUCGAACUCAUAACUUACUUGGAUGAUGAUCCUAUAUUUCCUAUAGAGUUUAUGAUACACCCCUGUGAACCAGUUUCCGAUUUCUCAGAUGAAUUCAUCAAGUUAUAUAAAUGCCAAGAAGAACCAGGUGAUGUUAUCAUCCAAGUGCAGGAAGUUGGUUUUCGAGUCCACAAAACGGUUCUGGAAAAACGAUGUCCCAAAAUAUAUGAUAUGGUAGCUCUUCAUGAAAAAACUUCGGACAACAAUAAGAAUCAAUUAGCUUUUACGGAUAUCGAUCCAGAUAUAUUUGAAAGAGUUUUAGAAUUUAUCUACACUGAGAAAGUCCAGGACUUAGAUGAUCAUGCAGAAUAUUUGCUAAAAGCUGCUUCGAAAUUCGGAUUAGAAAGACUGAAACAAUUGUGUGAAUUCUCCCUCGCGACACACUAUCUUACCUACGAAAAUUCCAAUGAGGUUAAAGAAUUGGCUAUUAGUUGUGAUGCGUCUCAAUUAAUCAAAAACAUCUUUAUAUUACAAGAUCUUGUAUUCGACCCUACACAAAUUGAUUUUUCUUGUACUCCCAGUGGUACUAUGAUACUCAAGAAACUUAAUGGUGAAAAAAUUAUACUUAAAAAUGCGACUAAAAAUGGUAUACCGGAGGGAAUUAAAAUUGUAGCAGAGUAAAUAGUUUUGCAUCACUAGAUAACAAUCCAUUGAUUCAUCGCGGCAAGAUUUUUCUUCAUAAAAAUAAUUUUUAAGACUGAGUAUGAUUCCGAGGGUUUAAUUAAACCCGCGAGGGAGUUGAUUACUGAAGGGCGGUUCAAAGAUCCUCGUGGACUGAAGCUUCAUUGUUUUUUAUUCGACACUUGUUUUGCUGUCACUCGUCCAAUCAUCAAGUCGCGGUCGAAAAAUUAUGAUCUCUAUUACCCCGUCAUUGCAAAAGAUUAAUUCCUGUUAGCAAACGCUGCAAGUGAUGAUGAUGAUAGCAGAUUAAAAAUAGCUGACCGUAUUUUAAUUGUACGAGAUGAACAUAACAAGAAGCAUUGGAUCGAUGCUUUCAAAAAGGCAAAACGUCUUACUAAAAAAUUAAGUAAAAAGUCUAUUGACAGCGAAGAUAAAUCUUCAGAGGAAUCUGCAUCCAGAGUAUUACGUGACAAACAAUUUCCUAAAAGAACAACUCGAGAACGUCCGAUUGAACACAAUUUAAAAAUCUUCCAGUAAAUUGUUAAUUAAAAUAAAAAUAAAAUUGGUGCCUAUUUAAUAUAUACAAACUUUAAUCUAUUUAAUACUCAUAAUAAUAAUUAAUAAUCAAUUGUACAUCUCGCGAUAUAAAUAUUUAUAUAAGAAAAAAAUUAUUAGUUCGUUAAGGGGAUUUAAUAGUAUAUUACAUACCUAGGCCAGUAAAAUAAGAAAAGUCUCAGAGCACAUGUAAUUGUUGGCCGAGGCGAAGCCGAGGCUGACAAACAUGUGGUCUGAGGCUUUCUUUUUUACUGGCCAAGGUGCGUAUACUAUUUUUCUGCUCGACGAAGCCGGAAAGUUGCAACUUCGUUUAGGGCAGCGGCCCGAAAGUUGCCACUUUCCGGCCGGAGGGCAGAAAAAUAUUUUUUUAAAGUAAAUAUAUGUAAGUUCAUAUGCGCCUUGAAAGUGAAUUAAUAAAAAAAUUUAAUAUUAAUUUAUAUACAUUUACAUAUAUAUGUUUAUUGAAAUCAAAACUUAUUGGGUUUCAUGGAAUUGCCAUCGGGGUAACGCUUGCGAAAGACUUUGAUGAGCUGAGGGUCUAUUAGAUGGACACCAUCAACUUGGUUGUCGAGAGUUAUCCAGUUUGGCGAACGUCAUGCGGUCGACCAAAUAUUUCUAUUUCUCUGGUGCUGUUGAUAAACACUUUCUAAGAGAGUUGGUGGCAAAAGUUGGAAAUCUAUAGUUGACAGAAAGUUGCCUUCAAUUUUCUCAGAAAUCUGCUCUCGAAUUGCGGCUGUUCCCUGCCAAGUUGGUCGCAAACUAAUGAAUACCAACUUUUUGACGAGCGACUCGUGCUAUCAGGGAAUUGAAGAAAAAUUAACCGUAAAUUUUUAUUUUCAACUUUAGCUGUAAAAUUGUUGGCAAAUUCGGGCAGCAGAUUUCAGGUACUUUCAACAUCAAAUCACCGUCAAUUCCAAUCUAAAGUGGCUAUUAGGGUUCUCUGCAGAAGUUUAUUGUAAUUAUCACUUGGCCCGAUAAGGGCGUUGAGGUAGUUUAUUUUAAUUGGUAACCUGCGCCUCCUACUCAGAGUCCUUAGAGUUGUUCUGCUUACUGCCAUCUUAUCGUGAAGACAUACUAAAACUAAUUAGCCAGCUUUUCUAUCUUGAGUUUUGUUAAAACAAGUAACUAAGAAAAAGUUGUGUUAAUUUAAAGUGUCGAAAUAAAUAAUAAAAUGCCGCUCAAAAAAAUAAAACGAAACGUUGACAUAACGUAUGAACCUUGGGUACUUGAAAAUAUGACUGAAAUAUUCUCAAAAGUAGAUCUGGAGUAUCGUUCUGAGAAAAGCGUUGAGGAGACUCAUAAAUUUUUUUCAAAGUUUAGAGGUCAUGAAAUUGAGUGGUACGUCACGUUAAAAUUUUGUAAAAAUGAAUUGGUUGGUGGAUUUAAAAUAUUUUUCGACGCUGUUAAUAAAUUUGAACCUAAGAACCACAUCACCUGUAACUUUUAUCUGAUCGACGCCGACAAAAAUACUUUUUUCAUCGGGCGAAAGAAUCGAAAAUUCGAUACUACGUAUAUGUAUUUUCCUUAUGUUACUUACAACACUUUUUCUUAUUGCAACAAAUUACCAAACACAAUCGAUAAAUUACUUCCAAACGAUGCAAUGACACUGCGCAUCGAACUCAUAACUUACUUGGAUGAUGAUCCUAUAUUUCCUAUAGAGUUUAUGAUACACCCCUGUGAACCAGUUUCCGAUUUCUCAGAUGAAUUCAUCAAGUUAUAUAAAUGCCAAGAAGAACCAGGUGAUGUUAUCAUCCAAGUGCAGGAAGUUGGUUUUCGAGUCCACAAAACGGUUUUAGAAAAACGAUGUCCCAAAAUAUAUGAUAUGGUAGCUCUUCAUGAAAAAACUUUGGACAGCAACAAUAAAAAUCAAUUAGCUUUUACGGAUAUCGAUCCAGAUAUAUUUGAAAGAGUUUUAGAAUUUAUCUACACUGAGAAAGUCCAGGACUUAGAUGAUCAUGCAGAAUAUUUGCUAAAAGCUGCUUCGAAAUUCGGAUUAGAAAGACUGAAACAAUUGUGUGAAUUCUCCCUCGCGACACACUAUCUUACCUACGAAAAUUCCAAUGAGGUUAAAGAAUUGGCUAUUAGUUGUGAUGCGUCUCAAUUAAUCAAAAACAUCUUUAUAUUACAAGAUCUUGUAUUCGACCCUACACAAAUUGAUUUUUCUUGUACUCCCAGUGGUACUAUGAUACUCAAGAAACUUAAUGGUGAAAAAAUGAUACUUAAAAAUGCGACUAAAAAUGGUAUACCGGAGGGAAUUAAAAUUGUAGCAGAGUAAAUAGUUUUGCAUCACUAGAUAACAAUCCAUUGAUUCAUCGCGGCAAGAUUUGUCUUCAUAAAAAUAAAUUUUUAGACUGAGUAUGAUUCCGAGGGUUUAAUUAAAUCCGCGAGGGAGAUGAUUACUGAAGGGCAGCUCAAAGAUCCACGUGGACUGAAGCUUCAUUGUUUUUUAUUCGACACUUGUUUUGCUGUCAACCGUCCAAUUAUCAAGUCGCGGUCGAAAAAUUAUGAUCUCUAUUACCCCGUCAUUGCAAAAGAUCAAUUCCUGAUAGCAGACGCUGCAAGUGAUGGUGAUAAUGAUGAUAGCAGAUUAAAAAUAGCUGACCGUAUUUUAAUUGUACAAGAUGAACAUGACAAGAAGCUCUGGAUCGAUGCUUUCAAAAAGGCAAAACGUCUUACUAAAAAAAUAAGUAAAAAGUCUAUUGACAGCGAAGAUAAAUCUUCAGAAGAAUCUGCUUCCAGAGUAUUACGUGAUGAACAAUUUCCUAAAAGAACAACUCGAGAACUUCCGAUUUUAGACAGUUUAAAAAUCUUCCAGUAAAUUGUUAAUUAAAAUAAAAAUAAAAUUGGUGCCUAUUCAAUAUAUACAAACUUUAAUCUAUUUAAUACUCAUAAUAAUAAUUAAUAAUUAAUUGUACAUUUCGCGAUAUAAAUAUUUAUAUAAGAAAAAAAUUAUUAGUUGGUUAAAGGGAUUUAAAAUAUUUUUUUUUAAGUAAAUGUAUGUAAGUUUAUAUGCGCCUUGAAAGUUAAUUAAU